UCUCUUCUGGUGGCCCGCCCUCCCUCCCCCUCUCCCUCCCCUCCCCACCCCCUCUCCCUUCCUCUCCGGGCCUGCGCGCGCGUGUCUUCGUUCUGCACGCGCCGCCGCUAGGCAAGCACUGUCGACGGAGCCUCUGGCCCGCGCGUUCCUUUUCCCCUCCGGCUGCGGAGCGGGCGGGAUUCCGCUCCGCGAGCGCGGCAGCAGCGGCAGCCCCGGCGGCCUCGAGCGGCGGCAGAGGCUCGCGAUCCCCCAGGCGGACCGUACCACAGCCCGCCAGCACGCGGGGGGAGCCACCCGCCCCGCCGCACACGCCUCGGUGACCCCGCGGGGCUGAGGCGUCGCCGCGCCCGGGAGCGUGAGCGCAAAGCCGGUCUCGACCCCGAGCUCGGAGCCCCGCGGGCCGCGCCCGCCGCCGGCCCCACCCAUCCGGGUCGAGGAGGCUGCGGCCAUGGCCGAGACGGAGGAGCGGAGCCUAGACAACUUCUUCGCCAAGAGAGACAAGAAGAAGAAGAAGGAGCGGAGCAGCCGGGCAGCGAGCGCCGCGGGCGCGGCGGGCGGUGCCGGCGGGAGCAGCGGAGCCGCGGGCGCGGCGGGCGGCGGGGUGGGCGCGGGGGCCCGGCCGGGCGACGGCGGGACCGCGGGCGCGGGGGCCUCCGGCCCCGGGGCCGCCACCAAGGCCGUGACUAAGGAUGAAGAUGAGUGGAAAGAAUUUGAGCAAAAAGAGGUUGAUUACAGCGGCCUCAGAGUUCAGGCGAUGCAAAUAAGUGAAAAGGAAGAAGAUGAUAACGAGAAAAGAGAAGAUCCAGGUGAUAACUGGGAAGAAGGUGGAGGAGGUGGUAGUGGUGUAGAAAAGUCUUCAGGUCCCUGGAAUAAAACAGCUUCAGUACCAGCACCUCCUGCUGCAGUAAUUGAGACCCCAGAACCAGCAAUGACUAGCGGUGUGUAUAGGCCUCCUGGAGCCAGGUUAACCACAACAAGGAAAACACCACAAGGACCACCAGAAAUCUACAGUGAUACACAGUUCCCAUCCCUGCAGUCCACUGCCAAGCAUGUAGAAAGCCGGAAGGAUAAAGAAAUGGAGAAGAGCUUUGAAGUAGUAAGACACAAAACUAGAGGUAGGGAUGAGGUUUCAAAAAACCAGGCCCUUAAACUUCAGCUAGACAACCAGUAUGCUGUGCUUGAAAAUCAGAAAAGCAGCCACACACAGUACAAUUAAGGAAUGGUCUUUGCUAACCCUUCUAAGGUAACUAGACCGCAGCUAACCACCAGGAACAGCCAUUCAUCAUCUGACCUCUGCUGGACCCACAGCCGAUGCAGACCACUCGAUCUAAGUGACCGGCCCUAUGGUACUGUGGGGGUACAGGUGUCACGGCUGCUCUUUGUAUAUAUUGGAUUUAGGGGAAUUCUCAUUGUUCUCGAAGUGCGCAAACUAGAUUCAGCAGUGUUCUUUAUUACUCUGCAAACAGAAAACCAGAAACUGCAGCCAGUGGUCAUUUCAAAAUCUUUUUAUGUUCAGAUACUGAGCCUUCGUAAGGGCUGACUACCUCAGGUUUGCUGCACUCGUUGCGGACUUCAUGUGGAUCACAACUUCUGGACACGGAGGUUACAGCUAGUAAGUGUCGGUGUGAAGCUUGAGACCAGCUCUACUGGAUUCCUAUCAGAAAUCCUGCAGAAAGUCAGCCAUCUGGGUUCUGAUCUGCUGUAAAAGAUGAAGAUUUAAGUGACCUUAAUUAACCUGUCCUGUGCCCCACCCUUGGAUACUCUGUAGUGGGCCGUGUUAGACUUCCUGGAACGUGCCGCUCUCAAAAGAACUCCUGUGUUCAGAUAAUCUCUGUAGGGUUGUGAUUUUAUUAUUUAAACUUUGAGUUGUAUUCUGAGGUAACCACAAAUUAAAUUCAGCCAAACUUGGGUCCACCAAGUGGGAAAGGGGGUAGGGGAGGGAGUAAUCUUAUUUUCUUUUAGUAAUUUUUUAUUUGGGUAGUGCUUUUUCUGUGUUCCACACAUUAAGGCCUUUUUUUUUUUCCUUCUUUUUUGACUUGGAAUAAGUUCUUUGACAGAGCAUAUUGGUUAAAUAAGUGACCUGAAAUAUGCAUUAAAAUUGAGAUGUCUCAUGAAUUUGCCAAGCCCUAGAGUGGAACCAAAUAGCCUUUGGUGUCAAGGGCAGUGGAUGCGGGGGGCUCUACUUCAGGUGCUGCUAAGCUUCCUCUAAUCAGGUCUAAACUGUACAGUAAACUGCAGGGGAAAGAGUAUGGGUUCUGCUCAGGCCAAGGCAUUCACUGACCGGUCCUUCUCAAUUCAGAGCAACAUGAGCAGAACCUUAGCCUAAAACCCACGUAGGUUUUCACGGAUCUUGCAUGAUCUUUGAGAAGAUUUCCAGAUCACUUGUGCCCAAAUUUUUCAGGUGUUGGACGUUCUAUAGAUGCAGUGAUUGUGCCAGUUUAGCUCUGUUAUCAACCUUCUGGUAUGUCUUUAUGUUCAUUUGAAGAGUCAGGGGCGAAGACAGGUGAUGUAGCACUUCUGUUUUUAAUAAUUACAGCUUAAACUAUCCAGUAAUUUUUGGUCCUUAAAGGGACUUCAGGAAGCUACCCAGGAUUACUGAAAAAUCCAUCUAAUGAGAUCUUCUGGUAAUGUACUAGUUUUGUGUCUUUGGUUCAAUAGAUCUAUUUCAAAGUGGUAUGUGACCACUUGACGCAGAGUCUGGGUUUCUCUCUAAUAAAUCCCUUUGCCAAGUGCAGGAGUUGCAGACUUGCUACUGGCAAGAGUGAAGCAAGUGAGCGAGUAAAACUGUCCUGGUGUGGGGGCAUCUCCUACAGGAGUUCAGUCUUGAUGAAAGUGUCAGUGCAGGAAUCGGCUCCUGGGAGGUCACAGUAUCUCCUGACAGGACCUGCCCACCACAUCUGGGCCAGGAUGUUGGCGUUUUUUGAGGUGGCAGGCAGGGUGCCUGCCUUCUGGUGUAUUGGGGUGAGCAGCUGAGCCAGCCAAGGAGAGGUUGGAUGAUUAAGCAAGAAAUAAGGGAUUCUUGGUUAAACUGAAGACUUCAUUUGGGAACCAAAAAUCUUAACAAAUAAUCUCUUGGACCUUGAGCCACAUAUUUCCCCUGAAAAGUAUGCAUUUUUUUCCAGCAAAAUUGUGUUGGGGGUUAUGUUAUUGAGGAAUGAACUGAGAUGGAUAUGUGGAACUUUUAUUUAAUGGCAUACUAUACUAGAAAUCUGAAGACCUGCAGGAGAUUUAAAAUUCCAACUCUUAUUAUAACUUUUUAAAAGAUUGUGAAAUUAUAAAAAUGCACAUGAAUCAAGUUUUAAUAUACUGUAUGAUGGGUGGGUGAGGCUGUCCAUUGUACCAUUUCUUUCUUUGAAUUCUCAGGCAUGGUUUGGCAGUGCAAGAACUCUGUAACAUUAACAAAUUCAAUAAAAAGUAAAUAUAUGGAU